AUGUCCAAUCAACCACUCCCAUUGAAGAUCACCAUCGUUGGCGCCGGCAUAGCCGGUCUCUCAUCAGCCAUUGCCCUCUCCGAUGUCAAUCCUAAUCAUCAAAUCACAAUUCUCGAGGCCAACCCGGCCCUCAGCGAAUUCGGUGCCGGACUGCAACUGUUUGCCAAUAGCACCCGCCUCUUACACAAAUGGGGUCUCUCCCCGUCCAUGGAAAAGGUCGCCUGCUCCGCUACCCACAUGUCUAUCCGUCGCUGGAAAGAUAACACUGAAUUGGUGCGCAACAUGAACAGUCCAACUAGUUUAUGGCUCUACGGCUGGCCUCAAUGGCAAGUCUAUCGCCCGGAUCUACAGCAAGCGCUCUUUGAGCGAGUACAGCAGCUGCCUAAUGUGUCUGUGCUCUUUAGCAAGUCAGUCAAGUUAAUAGACCACGAGACGGGGGCUGUGUAUACUGAUUCAGCCGGUGGGGAGGUGAUCAAAGCGGACCUUACGAUUGCCGCGGAUGGGAUCUGGUCUAAGGCCAGACGUUGCUUGCCCACGACGAAGGACGUGAUCCCUACUCCAUCUAUGGAGCAUGCCUAUCGUGCCAUGAUCCCACGGGAGCGAAUGCUCUCUCAUCCGCUAACUGCACCGCUUAUAUCCUCGCCCGAGGCUAAGUCGUGGGUGGGCCCUGGGGUGUUUAUCCUGGGUUACACCGUUUCAUCAGGCAAGUUCUACAACCUAGCGAUUAUAGUUCCACGGCCAAGUGAAGGAAUGCCCCUUGGAUCCUGGAACGAGCCCGCUGACGUGGAGCGGAUGCGGGCACUUACCUCCGACUGGUGCGAAGAAGCGCAAGUAUUGACUUCUCACGUGCGGGCUGAGGAGUGCGUUGCAUGGACCCUUGGGGAAAUCGGUCCUAUCCAAAGCUACAUUUGUCCAUCUGGACGGGUCGCGCUAGUUGGGGAUGCUGCACAUGCUCUACUUCCGCAUGCUGCACAAGGGGCUGGGAUGGCGAUGGAAGAUGCUGCGAGUCUGGCGGAAUUUGUAAGCUCUUUGUGGUCGAGGGAGGAUCUACCGAAGGAUCUGCCAAAGGUGCUAAGCGCGUGGAGUCGGUUCCGACAGGCUCGUGUGGAGCAUCUGCGUGGUAUGAGCCACGGGAAUGCCAGUGAUAUGACUUUGCCAGAUGGUGACGAGCAGAUUGCGCGUGAUGUGAAAUGGAAUGCGAUUCUUGAUAUGCAGCGGGCGCAGGCGGAGUUAGCUGAGUUUGGACUGGAAGAGGUUAGAGAGAAGGUUAUCAGAGAGAGACCAUUGCCGGAUCCGACUUCUAAAAGCACGGUGGACCCGGGUGGUAGAAUGUGGAUUAGUGGAUAUGAUAUUCGCGAGGAGAGUCAGAAGUUCUGUCGCGAACAUUUGGCAGUUGAACAAGCUAGAUUGUGA